UGGGGCCCACCUGGCUUCAUGACGGGAGUGGCGUUGCCUGUUUAAGAGGACAGGUGUAGUGUCUCCUCGCCCUAGGAAUAGAACCGGUUUGUUUUCUUAGAGCUGCCGCCCUGUUGAAUUGAAGAGACCGGAAACCUGCGACACACAAAAUAGAGACACCGUUCACAGGCAGCUGACCUGCCUUCAAAUACAAGACACGGAUUGUGAAAUUCAGAUAUACACCCUGCCUGCGAAUUACCUACAAACACACACAUACAGAGUGGAGACUACGCUAAAAAUCAAAAACAGUGGCACUCCCCACAGUGACAGAAUGCUCCGAGGAGAAGAGCUUCCACACUCUUCCUCUCCUCUGCUGUCCUGGUGAAAUGCAUCUUUUUCCAGUCGAUGCAGAAUGAUGUGACUGGCACAGAGAUGACAGCCCUCCUCCUCCUCCCUGCCUUCGCUCUAAUCAGCGCUGUCUCCUCUCAGUUUGCGGUGGAUAUCUCGGUCUCCUCGGAGGUUGUCCAGGUCCGGACGGGGCAGGUUUCCCUCCUGGCUGUGAAGACCCUGUCCCUCUCCGAGGUGCUCACUGUGUCCUGGGCCUCCCCAUCGGGACAGACCCUGGGGGUGUGGGUCGGGGGGCAGGUGGGCCCGGUUCUGAACGAGAUCGAGCAGUACCACGGCCGGCUCAACAUCGCAGGGGAUUUCUCGCUGCGGCUGAAGGACUCUGCGAGAGCCGACGAGGGGGGGUACACCAUCACCGUGGACCCCAAAGCCAGCACCGGAGUGACCAAGAACAGCAGGGUAAUCCGAUUGGAGGUGUUCGAUCCCAUCCAGGACGUCUCUAUUUCCUCCCCCUCUCCGAUCCUCCAAGGGGACAACGUCACUCUCACCUGCCGCUGGACCCAGGGGACGAAGCCUCAGGUGACCUGGGGACUGGGUGGGGUCGGGCUGACCUCCGACCCCCACGUGGCGAUCUCUGGCAGCGUCCUGAGGAUCGCCAGGGUUGGUCGAGAAGACGCCGGGAACUACACAUGCAGAGUGACCAACGCUGUGAGCGCAGGAGCUGGCUGGACCACCCUCGACGUCAGCUACGGGCCAGACCUCCCAUCGGUCAGCCGGGUGCUCCACUCGGACUGCGUGAGCAGGGAUGACGUCGUGGAAGGCAGAGCUGUCAGCUUGUCGUGCGGCUCCGACUCCAACCCUCCGGCCCGCUUCUCCUGGGCGCUGGACGGCCGCCCCGUCUCCUCGGGGAACGCCACGUUGUUCAUCGCAGCGGUGUCCCGGGAGCAGGGGGGGCGCUACACCUGCACCGCCUCCAACGCAGUCACGGGGGGGUCGGCCAGCGCCUCCACGGCAUUCAACGUCGUCGGGCACUGUCUCAGCGGUGGCGCCAUAGCAGGGAUUGUGAUAGGCUCUGUCGCCGGACUGUUCCUGCUUCUCCUGCUGGUCCUUCUGCUGCUGAGGUGGAGAAAAGGAGACCACUGGCUGAAGGAGAAACUUAAACGAACAAAACCCAACCCACCCUUGACUCCGCUCCCCAGGCCUCAGCCUCACGGCAGUGCGAUCACGCCUCCUCUCCCCCCUCCGGUUCUCACAAGCUCAGAGGCGCCCCCUGUGACAGGCCCACCUUACAGGAGCCCUUGGUCCCAGCACCAUCGGGGUGUUCACGAGCCCCCUCCCCCGGGUCACCGGACCGCUCGGAGCUCAGCGGCGCCCCGUGUGGACCACACCCCUUCCUACAGACCCCCCAGAUCCCAUCAUCGUCGCGGUGUGAACGACCCCCCCACCCCUCCCCCUGUUCACAGGACCGCUCGGAGCUCAGCGGCGCCUCCUACAGCGCUCCCCCCUUCCUACAGGAGGCCCAGGUCCCACCGUCCCCUGCAAGAGGACUUGUCCAGGCAGUUUGAACCAUGGAGCUCGAUCGACACCAACGACUCUUAUGCGCUGUUCUAGAUUUAAUAGUCACUUCUUGCAGGGUCUCUCUAACAAGAAUGCCACCACUCUGUACAGUUUUCACCUCUCAAUCAAAUACUUUUGAUUCAGU